GGCAGCCUUCCGGAAGCGGCGGGCUGACCAGUGGCGCUCUGGCGUGAGGACGUGCGGUCGCUGCCGCGGAGUUAGUCCUGCGACGUUGUCGGCCGCCGGGAGCUGGCGGCAGAGCAAACAUGAAUGUUGGAGUUGCCCACAGUGAGGUAAACCCCAAUACUCGUGUAAUGAACAGCCGCGGUAUGUGGCUGACAUAUGCUUUGGGAGUUGGCUUGCUUCAUAUUGUAUUACUCAGCAUUCCCUUCUUCAGUGUUCCUGUUGCUUGGACCCUAACAAACAUAAUACAUAAUCUGGGGAUGUAUGUGUUCUUGCAUGCAGUAAAAGGAACACCUUUUGAAACUCCCGAUCAGGGUAGAGCAAGGCUCCUGACCCACUGGGAACAGCUUGACUAUGGAGUGCAGUUUACAUCUUCUCGGAAGUUUUUCACAAUUUCUCCAAUAAUUCUAUACUUUCUGGCAAGUUUCUAUACGAAGUAUGAUUCAACUCACUUCAUCCUAAACACAGCUUCUCUCCUGAGUGUACUUAUUCCCAAAAUGCCACAGCUGCAUGGUGUUCGGAUCUUUGGAAUUAAUAAGUAUUGAAAUGUUUCUGCAACUGAACACAACUGUUAGAGCUACUGUAUUUCCUACAUGGAAGGAGUAGUUAGUGAACUGCACUGUUUCUGUGAUAAUGUGAAAUAAGAGGUAUUUACUUACAUUGGAGGGCCAAGUGCUGGUCCUUCAUAGGCUGUCUUGAAGUGCAGAACUCUACUUAAGGAGGCCUCUGUCUAAUGUGCUUGGUAUAUUUCUGAGAGAGGCUUUACAGGCAGGCUGGGCAGGCCCAGCUUAUAAGUUGAUGGUAGCACAAUGAGGGUACAGCAACUAAAUCCAAGGAAACAAGGGAUUUGUAAGAAACUUGGACCAGCUUAUAGCAAAUGGGCAUUAUGUUAGGGAAGGAAAAUUCCAAUCAUUCAUAGUCAGCUUAAGCAGACUUUUAGAGAGCAGAAUCACCUGUAUACACGUUUUUAUUGCUGUACACAUUCCACUUUAUAUGACAUACCCUCUUGUUUUAUACAUACCACUUCCUACUAUAUAUGUGUAUUUUUUGUUUUCCUGGCUUAAUAUUGUGUGUUGAUAAAUGAAGUCGUCUUUGCACUUGUUACAUCACAGAAUUUGGAAAGGCUCGCCUUCGUGGCUCACUCUGAUAGGAGAUAAGCAAGGCUCCGAGUCACCAUUCUCAUUUUGGAACAAAGUGGGUUUUACUGCUUUUCCAGAAUAAAGCUGCUAAGCCAAUUAAGAGAAUAACUUAUUUCACAUAGUUGAGGUUUGGGGUAGCUUAAAAGUAUUGCUUAGUUGUGCAAGUUGGUAGUCUGUCCUUUAGAAAAGGAGAUACAAAAUGGAGCCAGCGCAGCGGGCAGAGCUG